UAUGUAAAGUGACUCAUAUUUGUUUUUUAACCGCUGAAACAAUGUAUAAUUAAACAAUUUACUCUUAUAGCUUUUUUGAGAUCCCAAUAUUUCUUGGAAUUGAACCAUGCUUUUAAUAUUAAGAUGUCUUCAAACAAGCAUAGAUAAAAAAAAAAAAAAAAAAGCUUUUUAUUCGAGGUACUGUUUGUUUUGUUACAAAAACGAAUAUUAGCUAUUGUGUUGGUUAUUUGUAAAUUUAUUGACAACAAAGCAUGUUAAUAUCUGACAGGGUUGGUCGCAAUUGUAGAAUUUUCAUGAGAAAUUGCUGCGCGCUCUGUUACUUCCUUUGUUUACUACCGGCCAAGAUGGCGGCGCCCAUACAACCCACAGCACGGAGCACGUACAGUUUAUAAAUUAAGCUGUUUUUCGAGCUGUAUUCAGUUUGAAAACCGAUUUAACCACCAACUUAUCUAUCGGACGUUUAUUUUGGUGGAUCGCGUACAUUGUAUCAGUAUUCAUUUAUCUUGUUGUAUCACGCAUUGUUGGUCUGAGCUGUGAAAUGUUCACGAGCACUCGUGUUUGUUUAGAUCUGCUGGUUAGCGUGUAAAAUAUUCAUCAGAUCGAUCCGGAGACAAAACACAGGGAAGAUAUAAAUCCAUUAAUGCAUUUUAGUACAAGUGAAAUCAGGAAAUUGAAGGCAUGCGGUGUUUGAAGGCACUGCAGCUCACUCUCGCGGUCGUCAAACCAGAUGCUGUGGCCCAUCCGCUCAUUCUGGAGGCUCUUCAUCAGAAGAUUCUCGAAAACUUCAUUAUAAUCAGAAAGAAAGAUCUGAUGUGGAGGACAGAAGAUUCAGAAAAGUUUUAUGCUGAACAUGCAGGACGAUUUUUCUAUCAAAGACUGGUUGAAUUCAUGUCAAGUGGCCCAAUGAGAGCAUACAUCCUAGCCAGGGAAGAUGCAAUCACUCACUGGAGGGGGAUGAUGGGUCCAACAAAAGUGUUUAGAGCUCGUUUCACUUCACCAGACACCCUUCGAGGCCAGUACGGGCUGACUGACACCAGAAACACCACUCAUGGUUCAGAUUCUGUUGAAUCAGCCAAGAGAGAGAUUUCAUUUUUCUUUCCAGAAUUCAAUGCAGAUGAGUGGAUGGCGAGGGAGGAGCCACGUUUUAGGGUAGGAUUUACUGAAUAUAAUAAGGAGAGACAAAUUCAUACUCUUCAGGACACGUGAUGACCAGGCUGAUGGUACUUCUGCAGUGCUACAUGAAUAUGAUUUUCACCCAGUGUUUCUCUUCUGCUGCAUGUGAUAUUUAUUUUGACGUUACUCUUUUGUGACUACUAAAUAUCUGUACCUCAGCUCUGCCAACAAUAUAUUCAUAUGUAUGUGUUUUAUAAAUGUAUGUAUAUAUGAAUAUAUGUGCUAGCUUUGCAGUAAAUAUCAAUAAAUGUUUUCCUCAGCGUAGUAAA